UUUGACAAGUGAAGUAGUUUUAAUUUGAAAAGCUUAAUGACAGUCUGGCUUAAUUUCAACAUCAACUUUGGAGGUUAGCAACUUUAGUUUAAGAAAAUGAGACUUCGAUCUCUUGCAUUUGCUUCUAUGUUGGUGGUGUUGAUGAAAGGAUGCGACUGUGCAAAAUGCAUCACAUACUGGCAAACAGUGAUAACAGACAAAGCUAGUUGUGUUGAUAAACAUGCUUUGUGCCAAAAUUGGUUUAAGAACGGUGAAUGCACCAAAAAUCCAGAUUAUAUGAUGCCCAAUUGUUGCUCUUCAUGCAGUUCGUGUCAAGACAAAAGAAUUGACUGCGAAAGAUGGGCGAAAGUACCUCAACAGUGUACAACAGCAGUCAUGAAAAAAGGAUGCCGAAAAAGUUGCGGACAAUGCACUGUGACUACUAAGAGAAAGGUGAAAACAUGCGAAGUCGCUACUGAAAAAUGUGUACCAAAGCCUGUAGUACGUGGUUCACCCAGUUACGCCUCUUCACAACUUCCAAAUUUCCAGGCACACAGAGCUCGCAUUGGUGGUGGGAAUGGAUGGUGCGCUGGACUCCAGGACAAAAAACCGUUUUUAAACUUAGACUUAAGAUCUGUGAAAGAAAUAUCCGAAUUCGAUAUUCAAGGAACAAACACAAAUCCACUAAGUUUUGUGAAGAGCUUUAAACUGGCGUACUCUAAAACAGGGACAUCAUGGAUUUUCCAUUCGGAAUACGCCAACCGAGCGAUAGCACAGGUCUUUGACGGAAAUUGGGACGGUAAUACAAUCAGAAAGUACAAGUUUAUAAAUGUAUUCGAGGCGCGUUACGUUCGAAUAUACCCGCAAGAGUGGCAAAAUUAUGCGUGCUUGCGACUGGAAAUAUACGGCUGCUAAUAAACGACGAUUGCCCAUAUGAAUAAUGAGCUGACGUUUCUUGUUUUUUGUUGUGAUUUUUUGAGAAGCAGGCAUAGAGAAUAUUUUUUUCACAUAUACGAGUAAUGAGCUGAUGGUUUUUUUGUUGAAAACAAGGAAUAACAAAGUAAGUGUAUUGUAAAAUCUGUAAAAAUUAUGCUUAUUUUAAUUUUGUUGUUUUCUUUACAUAUUAUGUGUUUUUUACAUAUAUAUUGCUUGAAUGAUAAAAUGUUAAUAUAAGGAAAUAUAAAUUGACUAUAUGAAAUUGAGAUGUCGUUUUAAAUCUGACGAUUCACUAAGGGAAAGCCCACCCUUAAAACGUAAGGCCUAUAAAAGUAAGCAAAAG